AUGGCUGAUUUGAAAGGACAGGGGUCGCCCGGUCACUCGGGCCGUGUCCAAACAGACGGUACUGAACCCGGUGGCCAGGAACCUAUAGUACAUACCAAUAACCACGACUACUCCUACCUGUUGUAUGAACAAGACCCGGAUUUGAUUGUGGAGGUUGACAUCCCCCUUGAUGACGAACCCGUCAUAAAUGGUCACUCUACCAGCAGAUCGAACAGGUCAAACACAGUGGGUAGUCGUUUUAACAGCAACACUUCAUCUCGGAUAAAGAAACAUUCAGCAGUGAAAACGAGAGGACGUCCUAUUAAAUCACACGAGAUGGAACCAUUCUUAAGUGUGGAUAACCUGCCACCCGAGAAACAGGCAUCCCAGACAGUGAAUUCUGGGAAUUCCAAGACUCGUCGUAAAAUCAGAUCCUCUCCUGGUGCGGGAAAUCGUUCUUCCUUAUCUGGCCGUUCACCGUAUGGCUCUCCAGCCUUCUUUCUGAGACCCAGUGGGGACGUAGGUAUACCUAACAGAGCACCUGGCAAGAGGGGAGGCAAAGUGAGGAAUGGUAGAAUAACUCCUGCGUCAUCUGUAUUUAUCUCUCCAGAGGAUUCAGCAAAGAAAAUCAAUCACUGCAUUAAGAACCCAUUUAAACAUUCAAUCAACUACACAACGGAUGACUUAAAUAUUGAGAAAGGAAGGACACCUGAACGUUGUAAAACACCAUCUGGCGAAAUGAAACAGAGAACCACCUUUGCCACUUUCCAAAUGGGAAAAGUUCUGGCAAAGAACAACAAUGAAAGUUCAAACAAGAAACAAGGAAAGUUGCUGAAGGGAAAUCAUUCACGUCCAAGCUCUGAGCAGUCCAGCAGAUUGCAGCCUUUGAAGCCAGUAGCCUUAGGCAGUGGUCCUACUAUCAAACAGUGUCGUGGCAUUGUGGCAGAGACAAAGAGUUACGGUGCACCACCUAAUCGCACACUUGCCCGUCGCCGGGAGAUUGUACAACAAAUACCUAACAUUCAUGAAUACCUUUAUGAGCGCCCACAUACGGUGGAGAGUAUCCAUCGCACAUCAGAGGCAUCUAGUGUGGACGAAAAUCGGGAUAACAAUGUGAAGGUGGACUUCUCCGACCUUGACCUGGCAGACAGACUAGACAAGUCAACCCCUACACCCACUGACCGUGAUGUACCGAUGGUGCCCCCUGUCAGUGCUGCAUCCAUUGAACGUCGCAAACAAGGAAACAUGUCACCAGACCCGCGAGUGUUUGCCACAGAAAUCAGUACUGGGAGAACUAUUCCUGAAAUACCUGAUGACAUACAAGCUGAAGAAUUUCACAAUAAACUGAAUUUACAGGAUAGUUCUAGAAACGCCAUAACUGGAGAUCCACGCGAGAAACACAGCGAAACAGACAGUAAAACUCACAACAGUCCAAUCCUGUCCAGACCACAAACAGCUGUUAGUGGACAGUCUGGUCAGUCUCCUACUGCUGAUAGUCAGUCAAGACCACAUACUGCUGGUCAGUUACAAUCGAGGCCUCACACUGCCAGUAAGUCUGUGCGCUUUGCUGAGGAUCCCACCGUCAACAGAAGGAAGGAGAGAUCAGGGAGAGAAACUUGUAAACCUAGUGACAUUGGUAAUGCUGACAAGAGGGAGGAUGACCCAGAUAACAACAAUGGACCUAGUAGUGGGGACAAAGGUCUGAGGUCAGGUCAAGGUGAAAUCAGGUUAAUAUCAGCUGGAAGUGCAGGACAAAAUACAACAGAAAGUAACAAACGAGCCUCUUCAUCAAAGAGUGACAAUCAUGGAAAACAACAAAGUUUGAAAAGUGAUAAAGCAGUGAAUAAAGAGAAAACAAAUGUAAAGCAAGCAGUGUGUUCUAGAUACGAAAGGGGUAAAGAUUCGAGGACAGCUUCCACCCUUCAGGUGCAGGCGGUGGGACAUGGAGGGCAGGUUCAUACACUGAUCUGUCCAGAGAGUCCUACUAGUAGAAGUAGGUCACCAAGUCCUCAGAGAAAAGGUCAUAGGUCACCUAGUCCGCAGCGAAAAGGUCCAGACUCACUAAUGACAAAUCAGAAGAACAAACAGCAAUCGAAACACGACAAGAGUAACCGACUAGUUAGGCCAUCUUCUGCCAACCUGUCCACGAGGCAGCAAACUUCGUCUAGGCCAAAAACUUCCACCAAUGCAAAAGUUUCUUUCGAAGACAGCCAACCACAACACAAGUCAAUAUUUGUAGAAAAGGAGGAUGGUGAUGAGUUAUAUGUAGGAAUCCAGGAGGAUCGAGUGCUCACGUUUGAGGACAUUGAAGCAGAGUUGAGGGCACUUCAAGAAGACAUCCAGGAAAGACGUGUCACAGAGGAGCAAUGGGAUGUACUGCAGGACAGCAGCAGUGAGGAUGACAGUGACGUCAGCACAGUUGUGGAGGUCGACCAGUCAGGUCAUGGUUUACUGAAUCAGACCGAGGAGGAUCUGUUGACAGACAACCAGCAGGACUGUUGGGGUGAUUACUCAGGACUACUAGAUAUCUACAGAAGAAAGUGUAUGGAGGCUAGUGAGAACUGUGGGGAAAUUAGCAACAAAUUGACCACUCCUCGUAGGCCAAAGGUCAAACAACGCAGGUCUGGAAGGGAGUCGGUCAGUAGUAACGUUAUAAAACGUAAAGGGAGUUAUCAGUCUGUGUCCACACUGGACAGUGGUAAAGGUGAAAGUGUGCUCGGAUUGUCUCAUGCCACGUCCAAUCUUACUCUGGACAGUGGCUUCAGUUUAGGUGAUAGUGAAGUCAGUGAUCAGUCACGACUAAACAAAGUGACACCGGUGCAGGAUUCCUGUGUAACAGGUGGAAAAGAAGUGUCUGGUUCAGGGGAUUCAUGUGUGACGGAACAGAGUACCGUGCCUCCAUUGGAGUUGCACUCACAGGUGGUGACGGAGCCACAGGAAACAAAGCUAGUGGUGGAGGAUGUGGACGAAGACAGGACAAUCGUGGACACUAAGGCACUGCUGGAGAUUGUGUGUGAUGAACUGCUUACACAUCAGGAGAAACUGAAGCAAGAUGCAGAAAUGCCUUUAAUACCAAAAGUUGAGCCUUUGCCUCCUAAGGAAGACUUGAAGGUCAUAGCCGAGGUGAAGACAUUGAACAAACAAAAGAAGAAGAAACAGCCACGGAGUGGUCCUAUAGCCCCUUUUGCCCCGGUAUGUUUUGAGAUCAAUGCCAGACCACCUAAGGGCUACCUGUAUUACUUUGCCUAUGGGACUGAGAUGAGCCUAUCCAGACUGACCACCUAUAUAAAGAGAGAGCCACAACGUUACUGGGGUCUACUGUUUGGGUUCCAGCUGGUGUUCAAUAAAAAAGGUGCUGACUUAGAGGCAGGAGGGUUUGCAAACAUUGAGUUUAACCCUUACUCCUCUGUUGAGGGUUGUGUCUACCCAAUCACACAAGAUGAGCUGCUUCUGCUGGACAAGUAUGUUGGUUAUCCUCAGCACUACGAACACCUUGUGACACCCCUGUGGCUUAUGAACUCUAAUGAGGACCCAAAUGAGUAUGGUGUGGCCCAGUACUGCGUACCUGCUCUCACUUUCAUUGCCCAGGACAGAUGGAUAGAAAAAGAAGAAAAGCUGGAUUUUAGUGGUUCCCUUUCUGAGUGUAUUAGAAGUUCAGAUAUGGUCACUCCUGGCUAUCAUGAUCACUUGGCAAACCUGGCCACAGUGACCAGUGGCAGAGAGCAACUUGCAGCAGCAUAGUUACAAUUCACCAGAGUUACCAGUGGCAGGAAGCAGUUCAGAGCAGCAUAGUUACAAUUCACUAGAGUUACAAGUGGCAGAGAGCAACUUGCAGCAGCAUAGUUA